UUUCCCUGCCGGUCCCUGCACUGCCCCAGCAUGCUUGGAGAUCCCAGCGGUCUCCCCACAGACCGAGCUCUGCUCAGCCAGCCCCCCAAAGCUGGACUCAGCUGCAAAAUGGUGCUUCAGGCUGUUGGCAAAGUGCUCAGGAAGUCUAAAGCAAAGCCCAACGGAAAGAAGCCCGCCGCGGAGGAGAAGAAGAUGUACCUGGAGCCGGAGUACACCAGGUCCAGGAUCACCGACGUCGGCUUCAAGGAGCUGGUGGUGCUGCCCCGCGAGAUUGACCUCAAUGAGUGGCUGGCCAGCAACACCACCACGUUUUUCCACCACGUCAACCUACAGUACAGCACCAUCUCAGAGUUCUGCACAGGAGAGGCGUGCCAGACGAUGGCCGUGUGCAACACACAGUACUACUGGUACGAUGAGCGGGGGAAGAAGGUCAAGUGCACCGCUCCCCAGUACGUCGACUUUGUCAUGAGCUCCGUGCAGAAGCUGGUGACGGACGAGGACGUGUUCCCCACGAAAUACGGCAGAGAAUUCCCCAGCUCGUUCGAGGCUCUGGUGAAGAAGAUCUGCAAGUACCUGUUUCACGUGCUGGCGCACAUCUACUGGUCCCACUUCAAGGAGACGCUGGCCCUCGAGCUGCACGGACACUUGAACACGCUCUACGCCCACUUCAUCCUCUUCGCCCGGGAGUUCAACCUGCUCGACCCCAAAGAGACCGCCGUCAUGGACGACCUCACGGAGGUGCUGUGCAGCGGCGGGGGCCGCGGCGGGGGCGGGGCCGGGGCCGGCGGCGGGGGCGCGGGGGCACAGAGCCUCGGGAAGGAGAGGUGAGCCCGCGGCCGGCAG